GUAACCAUUAGUGAAAAAAUGUUGACCAUGAGAAAUUGGACGGUGAAGUUUGCGACCAUCUCCAGCUUCACAGGAGGCAAAGGAACAGCGAGCGAGAGAGAGAGAGAUCAGCAGCUUUUUAACCAAACAACGAUGAUGUUCAUGCGAAAUAGCGCUUUCAGAGCUAUUGCUUCUUCUGCUAUUCGGGUCCCUCAACAUCAUAUGGAAAUGGGUAUCUUUCCUUUAUUCUUCAAUCAUCACCACAUUACCACCUCUACCUGUACAAAUAAUCCUUUUUUGCCUCAAAAAAAUGGUGGGUUUGUUAGUAAUACUACCAAUAACAUUAGCAUUGAUGAUGCCUUGGCUUCAUUCUAUAGCAUGGUCCGGAUGAAUCCUAGGCCUUCUGUUGUGGAAUUUUGCAAAUUCUUAGGGUCCUUUGCCAAAAGCAAACAGUAUUCCACUGUUGUCUCUUUGUGCGAUCAAAUUGAUUUGUUUGGAGUUGCCCACAAUGAUUAUACUCUCAAUAUAUUGAUUAACUCUCUUUGUCGCUUGAACCAUGCUCAUUUUGCUGUCUCUGUCUUGAGUAAGAUGUUCAAACUGGGUAUUCAACCUGAUGUUAUCACAUUCAAUACACUCAUUAAUGGGCUCUGCAACGAGGAGAAGAUUAAAGAUGCUGCAGAGUUGUUUAAUGAGAUGGUGCGGAGAGGGCAUGAGCCUGAUGUAAUUAGCUAUAAUACUAUAAUCAAUGGUUUGUGCAAAACUGGCAACACAAAUAUGGCUGUUCACGUGUUCAAGAAGAUGGAACAAAAUGGGUGCAAGCCAGAUGUGGUGACAUAUAGUACAAUCAUAGACAGCCUUUGCAAAGAUAAGCUAUUUAAUGAUGCCAUGGACUUCUUAUCUAAGAUGGUGGAUCGGGGCAUUUCACCAAAUGUUUUUACUUACAACUCCAUACUCCAUGGCUUCUGCAAUUUAGGACAACUGAAUGAAGCUACUAGAUUGUUCAAAGAAAUGGUUGGUAAGGAUGUUAUGCCAGAUACAGUGACGUUCAAUAUUUUGGUUGAUGGACUCUGCAAAGAAGGGAUGGUUUUAGAAGCUCGGUGCGUCUUUGAAAUGAUGACCGAAAAAGGUGUUGAGCCAAAUGUUUACACCUACAGUGCCUUGAUGGAUGGAUAUUGUUUACAAAACCAAAUGAACGAGGCCCACAAAGUGCUUGACAUCAUGGUUGGCAAGGGUUGUGCACCUGAUGUACAUAGUUACAGCAUCUUGAUCAAUGGAUAUUGCAAGAGUAGAAGGAUGGAUAAGGCAAAAGCAUUACUUACUCAAAUGUCUGAAAAAGAAUUGACUCCUAAUACUGUCACUUACAACACUCUUAUGCAUGGCAUGUGCCAAGUAGGGAGACCCCGAGAAGCUCAAAAGCUUUUCAAGGAGAUGUGUUCUUCUGGCCUGCUUCCAAAUUUGAUGACUUACUCGAUUUUGCUAGAUGGCUUGUGCAAACAUGAUGGGCAUUUGGAUGAGGCAUUACAACUGCUCAAGGCAAUGCAAGAGAGGAAAAUAGAGCCUGAUAUCGUCCUUCAUACUAUUAUUAUUGAGGGGAUGUUUAUUGCUGGGAAGCUUGAAGUUGCAAAGGAACUAUUUUCCAAGCUUUUUACUGAUGGAAUUCAACCUACUGUACAGACAUACAAUGUCAUGAUCAAGGGACUUCUUAAAGAAGGGCUGUCAAAUGAAGCAUACGAAUUGUUUAGAAAAAUGGAAGUUGAUGGUUUCUUGCCGAACAGUUGCUCUUAUAAUGUUAUCAUUCAAGGAUUUCUUCAAAAUCAGGACUCAACAGCUGCUGUACAACUUAUUGAUGAAAUGGUUGGUAAAAGAUUCUCGGCGGAUUCAUCUACAUUUCAGAUGUUAUUGGAUCUGGAAUCUCAUGAUGAAAUCAUAAGCCGAUUUAUGCGUGGAAGCUCUCAACAUAGAAAAAUGAAGUAAUAUCCAGCUCGUUCUGCUCUCUUUUUCUGUCUCUUCAUGUCUCACAAGUUGAUGUCUCCGUUGGCAGGCCCAUAGGGGGACUCAGAUGUCGUAAGGCCUCACAUACUUGGAAACAUAUCUAUGCCCCCCUGCCAAGUCCAGAGGGGCAUCGAUUGAUCUUAAAAGCUGAAUGUAGUUAGUUGGAAAGAACUUUUCAUUAAAAUGUGGAAUCUUUUUAAAUCAACUGAACCCAUUUGUUUAAUUGAAAAAUCAGUAGAUUGAGAACAA